AUGCAAGAGGGUGUUAUAGCAUCAGCUUCCAACAUAUCCACACGUAGUACACCUUGCCCCAAAGGCAAGGAAAUGCACGAAACAAAUUUACGCAAAAUGAUUUCAACGGCUGGAGAUCACAAUAAAAUGGAAAAAUUGGAUUUUGACAAAAAAUCACAACUGAAUAAUUUACCACAAGAAAUCGAAAAAACUAAGGAACUACCUGGAGAAACUGUUAAUGAUAAAUCAGCAGAAUCAAUUAGUGAAUUCAAGACCAAAAUAAAUAUCUAUAUGGACCAAUGGUUUUCUCCUUUUAAAAAGGAGUUAAAUGUCUGUGAUAAAAACAAUUUACAGGAUAUAGAAAAGUUUAAAGAGAAAUUGGAAGAGUUGCAGAUCCUGCAAGCCAAUGAUAUAUUAUCCUUAAUAGAUGAUUUGUCUGCUGUUACUAAGCAAAACUGUGAUGUGGAAAUGGUUAAUUUGAAACGCAAGCUAGAGGAAAGUAAUAAAGCUUUGAGGAAUUUGGAGGAAAAGUAUAAAGAUUUGAGCAGCCGAUAUGAAGAAGAAGUUGGCAAAUGGGAGAGGGAAUUAGAGGAAAAGAGAAAAUUAGAUUUGGGAGAAAUAAAAGAGCUGCAAAAGAAGUUAAAAAUGCAGGAAAAGCAAACGAAAGCUACUUUGCAAACUGUGGAAAAGGAAAAAGAACAUUUACUAGCGGAGAAAACCUCACUGCAGGAAGAUCUAAAUGCUUGUAGGGAAAGCGUAAGCAAUACAAAUGCCAAACUGCAAACUAUGGAACAGCAAUUGAAUCAUUUGAAAAGGGAAUUAAAAACAAAAGCGGAAACAAUUAAGAAACUUGAAAACGAUUUAGAGUCUAAAAAGAAAUUGGAAAUAAAUUUUAAAGAAAUGUCUUCGAAACUGGAAGAACUAGAAGCUAAAGUUAGAAGUAAAUCACACAACGAAUGUGUGGAGCAUUUAAAACAAAUUUCGGAACUUACAAACAAAAUUAAUUGCUUAGAAUCUGAAAGAGAAGCCAAGUUAGGAGAAAAAGAUAAACUGGAGCAGGAACUUCAUGAUCUGAGAAAUGUUAAUGAAAAACUUCAGCAAACCGAGCUUAAGUUGCGAGAUCUACAAAAGGAAUAUGAGGCCAAAGACAAAGACAAUUCUGAGUUGGUGCCCGAUUACUCUAAAGAAGUACAGCUAGAGUUCGCCAAAUUUCGUCAAUCCGAAAUGGAGAAGCGUCGUGAGAUUGAUAAACUUAAAGUAGAACUGUCCAAAGCUCAAUUUAAUAUGUGCCAGCUGGAGCAGCAAAUCCAACGUGAUCAACAAUUGCUGGAAGUGCGCAGUGAUCUUAUCAAUUCUUUGCAGUCGAAUGAAAAGACUCAUCGUAUACACAUGGAGGAAUUAUUCGCCCAAGUGGGAGAGAAGAAUACCACCAUUAAUGAGCUAAAUCGUGAACUGCAAGCUAAAUCUGAAGAGUUUCGCAAUUUAUUUACCAACUUAAGUGCUAAACAAAUGGAAGUGGCAAAUCAGGAGCAUAUUAUCAAACUCUUAGAGGAGAGCAAUGAACGCAGUCAAAUGUUGCGUGUCAAACAGGAGGAGAAAAUAGGUCGCAUGGAGGAGGAGUUGACACAUCUUAAACAGACCAUCGCCAUUUAUCAAACGAAUAUUUUGUCAGGCAAAAGUGCUAAACAUUUACUCUUCUCCCCCGUUUUACCGCCCAGUAAUGUGGAUUAUAAUGAAAAUUUUUAUUAUUAUGCAAGUCAACGUAAAAGAAAACGUCAAGUUGAUAUAAAUGUAAAGAAAUAUGAAACUUGAUGAAAAAUUUCAAAUGUUUUUUUGUAAAUUGUAAUGUUUGUUGUGAUAUUGUUUUCUUAUCAAUUGGUGGGAAAUUAUAAUUGAAAAACAAAAUUUAAUAAAUUUAUUUUAUGAAU